UUCUCUGUUGGAACGUCCUUCUUUCUUUUACUUUUGUCUCCUCCUUUUUCUUCAAGAGUUCUCCCAAGAGUGUGAGGGGGAUAGCGUAGAGGAGAAACUGACUGCCUCUCCCACCCAAACGUUCAUAUCUCAAUCAAUCCAAUCGAAAGCCAGGGUGAAGGAAGAAGGGGAAGAAGGAGAAGAAGCAGAGGAAGAAGCAGAGGGAGAGGAAGAAGAAGCGGAAGAGGCAGAGAUGGGAGUGCUGUCCAACAAGAUCGAGAGGGACCAACUCAAGCCUGGGGAUCACAUCUACUCUUGGCGUCACUUUUACCUCUACGCCGGCCACGGAAUAUACGUUGGUGAAGGGAAGGUUAUUCACUUCACUCGAGGGGCAGGACAUGAAAUCGGCAGGGGUCCUGUGUUAGACCGCAUCAUUUCGAGCUCAUGUCCCUCUCCUCCCGUCGGCACAGAUUGCCAGAUAUGCGGAGAUCAGUCGAGGCUUGAUGGUGUCAUCUCUUCGUGCAUCGACUGCUUCCUUUCAGGUGGAAACCUCUACCUCUUUGAGUACGGCGUGUCCCCUGUUUUCUAUCUUGCUAGCGCUCGAGGAGGGACUUGCACCCUUGCGAAAUCCGACCCCCCUGAAGAUGUGCUUCACCGUGCCUUUUACCUCCUCCAGAAUGGCUUUGGAGGCUACAAUCUUUUCAAGAACAACUGUGAGGACUUUGCUAUCUACUGUAAAACAGGUCUGCUUGUGGUGACAGCAGGUAGCGGAGGCCAAAGUGGGCAAGCAGCAGCUUUUCAGGCUGCUGUAAGUGCUGUCGGGUUCUCUCCACUUACAUUGUUGACGACCCGCGUUAGAGGUCUGGCAGUUAGUGGUCUGGCAGUUGGUGGUCUGGCAGUUGGUGGUCUGGCAGCUGUGAGUUAUGGCAAGUAUUGCAUCAGUUGUUUGGUCUCAGACAUUGGGUUUCGCCAUGAUGUGGUUAAAGUACCGGCCGAAAGACUUGUGGAUCUAUUUGAUUUAUGUGAUCCCCAAGCUGCUGAGGAUAGUCCCACUCCCAGCGGAGAUUGACUAAAGAUUGCACGCUGCAAUUUGCCGGCAGUCUCCCCCAGAACUUUGCCGGCAGUGGAGAUGAAAACACUCUGCAAAAUGUACGCUUUAACUCUUUGUCGGAUGUUACUUCUGCAAACAUUACCCAGUAGAAAUUUUAAAUACUCAUCAAACUGCAGCUUUGUCAGAUUUGCCAUCAGAGGUCCUUGAGAUGUUUGGGUGUGUGUAGUCUUGUUUCUUGUUGUGUAAACGAACUGAUCAGAUUUGCUUUCAACAGGAUAUGACCUGAUGAUCGUCACCAUCUCUGUAUAGAAGUAAAGUCGCAAGAGAAAUUGGUUCUACUGUUCUCUGCAAUUCUGAUAUUUCUGCUUCUGGAUUGUUUUUAA